CUUACGCUCUCUUUCUCACUCUCGCUCGUAAAAUUCAUUCAAUUUCAAAAUUUUGGGAAACCCCUCCCAAAAUGGACACACCGUCGUCAUCUCAAACGGCCACCGCCGCUGACGAUUGGGAGCUCUGCAACGACGACGGAUUCAUAUACAAGCGCAAGAAGCGCCGCCUCGUUCUCACAGAACCGGCAGCGGCAGCCGUGGAUCCCGAGGAAGAGGAGAAACGAAGGAAAGAGUGGAAGAGGAAAAGUCUUCUCAGAGUAAAGGAGAAGUACAAGAAAGAGAUCGAGGAGUGGGAGACUUUGUCGAAAGCAUUGAACGCAAUGCGAGAGAGGGCUUUAGGAUUCCAAAUUCAACAGCAAGAAAGGAGGAAACUAAGGGAGACCGAAGAGGAGAGGAGAACGACGUCGUCUUUAGAUUCGGAGAAGAAAGAUAAGGAUAACGUUUGUUCUUUGGUUGAUGAGCUUCUUUUGCAGGCAGAAGCUCAAGAAAUGAUAAUUCGUGAUGUUUUGAAUCUGUGUGACAUAGCGGAAGCAAUGUGUAAUCAGCAAGAGGAGCAAUUCAAGCAAUCUUAUUUUGAUCUUCCAAUUUGGGCAUCGCCGCGUGACCUAAUGGCUUCGCUUUGUGAUGAGACUGAGGACUCAAGUGUAUGUGUGGAUACGAGUAUGUAAACAAUUGAACCUUGUGUUGAACUCUUGUUGUAGUUUAUACAGAACUGGUAAUGUUGAUAGAUA